GUUCCAUCAUAACAAAGCAGAAGAAGAGAAUUCAGAGCUUCUCGAACAUGUCCGAAUACGCCACGAUCCAGAAGAGUGCCCUGAAAAUAAAGGGUUUAGGGAGCAUUUCAGCUGGAAAAAAAAAGAAGAAGAAGGAUAAAGAAAGUAAGCAUCGCUUGGAGCAGGUAGAGGCCAGUCAAAAAGAUGAGGAGGUGAAAACCAACAAAACAUAUGUUGACAAAAGGACACCAGCACAGAUGGCCUUCGACAAGAUGCAAGAGAAGAGGCAAAUGGAGAGGAUUCUGAACAAAGCAUCCAAGACACACAAACACAGAGUUGAGGAUUUUAAUCGCCACCUGGACACCCUGACAGAGCAUUAUGAUAUCCCCAAGGUCAGCUGGACCAAAUAGAAGAGGAGCAGAUGGCCAUUCUGUUUAUUUACCAUUUGUACAAAAGUCUUGCACGUCACAAUUUUGUUUGAUAGUUUUAUAUAUUUACAAUUAAAAUCCACUCAUGUUUUAAUUUCUUGUGUAUGCAAUAAAGAUUUGAGUAAACUAA